UUAGCGUACCAUUUGAUGCUGGGAGCUAUCAUCUACAUUCUACGUCACACAGAUUAUAUUAAAAUAUUCUAUUAUCACAAUCCGGACUUGUUGAAAGGCCGUUGCCAGCCAACUCUAAAUUGCCACUUGGUGGAGAUGGAGUUCUACAUGGAAAACAAAAAUUCUGUCCGAGUGAAGAUGCCGGAAGACGAAGUAAAAGUUAUAAAAAUAUUAGGAAGAAACAAUCUUCCCGAUCGAUUAUUCGCACUGUACCUGAUAUGCCCGGAAAAUGAUGGGGAUCAGUGGAAUCAGCGUAAAACCAAAGCUAUCACUUCUAAAGACUGGGAUCUUAAUAAACUGACACCGGAAGAAAAAGAACAGCGAGCAAGUUACAGGGUACAAUUCAAGUGUGGCGAGACUGUAGCUGAUGCUACAAAUGACAAAGUGAAAGGUUUCAUUGUAGACACUGAUGAUGAGGAUAUGAUGUACUUCGUGAUCUCGCGAAAAUAAAGACCCUUGUUGAUCAACCCAUUAUGCUUGUAUUUCAUAUAUAAUUGUGUUAAAAACUUAGUCUUCACUUAUAUCUGAUUCAGACCAAUGAUAUCGCCACUGUCCAGUAAGUGACCUUACAUGGUGUCAUACUGACUUCAUGGCAUCAAAACGUACAGUACUGCAAACUGUAUUAUAUUUUAUUUGAUUAUGUUACUAUUGAUACUUUUUAAUAUUAAUACGAAACCAUGAUGAUUCUGUCUUUAUAAAUUGAAAAGUAUUUGUAUUGUUCACAAUUUAAAUUUACUUCCCAAUAUUUCCACCAUGCGUGUUCUAUAUUUACUGUCUUGCCUUUCACAAGACGGAACUUUCGGCGGUGUUUUUGUGAGAGCGAUUCGGCCUGACAAUAUUAGUACGGUCUUUUAUCUUGUGUGCAUUCAACCAUGAAGUAGCUGAUAGUUAUCACAAUACAAUUUCGUUUUAAAGUCGUGUGAAUGUAUUUGCGUUUUGAAUUUGGGUAAUAUUAUCGAUAGAGAAUGUA